AUGUAUAUUGAAGAACUUGAACUUGAAGGUAAUGGUAAUCUUGUUCUAUCUACUGUUGCUGAUGUUGUUAAUGUUGAAAAUCAUAAUGUAAGUUUGAACGCCACGGCUAUUGAGUACUUGAAAAGGAAAACAAUGGAUUGGAAAAUGACUGUCUUGGGGCAUGAAUAUAUGCAUAUGCGAUGUUGUGCACACAUUUUGAAUCUUAUUGUCGUUGAGAGGUUGAAAGAUAUGAGUGAAUCUAUUCUGCGUGUUCGUGAUGUUGUGAGUUUGGGGAAGGCAUUCCAAAGAUUGGGGGAGGAAGAUAGUAGUUUCAUAAAAUUCUUUGGCAUAAAAGAAGGCGAUGAGGAUUUGUCAUUGGAGGGUGACCAAGGUGGGAGCCAUAGCCAUAGGGUCCCAACUCCAAGACAAGCAACUGUCCCAAACAAGCUUGAUUGGAAGAAGUGUAUGUUGUUUGUUACGUUCUUGAAACUUUUCUGUGAUGCAACCAAUAAAUUUUUAGCUUCUCUUUUCGUCACAUCCAAUAUAUUCUUUCAUGAGUUGUUUGAGGUUGAAACCCGUAUAGAUGAAUCAAUCCUCAACAGAGAUCUUUUUAUGUCUAAAAUGACAAUUGAAAUGAAAAGAAAAUUUGAGACGUAUUGGGGGGAUGUAGAGAAAUUCAAUCCCCUACUUUAUGUGGCGGUGACACUUGAUCCCCGGUUUAAAUUAAGGUUGGUGAAAUUUUGCUAUACAAGAUCCAAAGGGAAGCCGGUGGGUGAGAAAAUGGAGAAACAAGUGAAGGAUGUUUUGAACAAGUUGUAUGAUUCUUAUGAAAAAGAGGGUGAAAUUAGACAAAAUGUGCCUAGUGUAAGUCCAAUGCCGAGAGUAAUGGAGGAGAAUGAGGAUUGUGAUUGUUGCUUGAAUUUAGCUAGCGAAUUUGACACUUACUUGGAGGAUGAGUAUUCUAGUGUUUGUUCCUUGGAGGUAGACAAGUACUUGGGGGAUUUGUGUGAACGUGGGGACAAUCCGUAUUUUGAUAUCUUGGUAUGGUGGAAGAACAAUUCCAACAGGUUUGGUCAGUUUAGACAUGGGAUUGAGAGCACUAUGGACAUUAGACUAGUUUAUUUUAUUAUGGACUUUUGCUUGGAUGUCAGUACUAGUAGUGUAGUGGACUGGAAAUCUCUUGCUUGCAAUGCUGAAAAUGUCUAA